AUGUCAGCGAAAGCGAUAAGGGAAGUAACUGCAAAAGGUAUACUAAAUCGACAUUUAGAAAGUAAAGGUGCCCCGAAAAAUACACAAAAAUGUCAGUUUAUCCAAGUCGACGUAACUACCCGAUUAAAUGACUUAGAAAGAGAACAUGAGUGGCUUAAAACAACGAAAUUAGUUGUUAAACCAGAUGAGUUAAUUAAACGUCGUGGUAAACUAGGCUUAAUCGGUCUCGAUUUAUGGAUCCCAAAUGCAAUUAAAUGGAUUAACGAUCGACAGGGUACAUAUCAAACGGUUGGAAAAGCAAAAGGUAAAUUACGCCAUUUUAUAAUCGAAAAAUUUGUCCCGCAUAAAUCUGAGGAAGAUGCGUAUGUUUGUAUAUACAGCGAACGUGAUCAAGAUGUGAUAUUAUUCUCCCACGAAGGUGGUGUUGAUAUUGGAAAUGUUGAAGAUAAAGCAGAACGUUUAGAUGUACCGGUUACCAACGAAAGUUCCGUAACCCCCGAUGCAAUUAAAUCGAAAUUAUUAACAAAAAUAUCGAACAGUAAGCAACAAUUCGUUGCGGAAUUCAUAAAUGCUCUUUAUAAAUUAUAUGUUGAAUUAUAUUUUACUUAUUUGGAAAUAAAUCCGUUGGUUAUUACGGAUACGGAAAUAUCGAUAUUAGAUGUAGCUGCAAAAUUAGAUGCAACUGCUGAAUUUACAUGUCGUAAAUUAUGGGGUAAAUUUGAAUAUCCACCACCAUUUGGACGUGAAUUAUUACCUGAAGAAGCAUUUAUUGCUGACUUAGAUGCAAAAAGUGGUUCGUCCCUAAAAUUAACGGUUUUGAACCGAAAUGGUCGUAUAUGGACAAUGGUAGCUGGUGGGGGUGCUUCAGUUAUUUACAGUGAUACAAUUUGUGAUUUAGGUGGGGCAUCUGAACUUGCUAACUAUGGGGAAUAUAGUGGGGCUCCAACCGAAGGACAAACAUACGAGUAUGCAAAAACUAUUUUAACGCUAAUGACCAAAUCACAAAAACAUCCUAAAGGUAAAGUUUUGAUUAUCGGUGGAGGUAUCGCUAAUUUUACGAAUGUUGCAUCUACAUUUAGCGGUAUUAUUCGAGCAUUAAACGAAUUUCAAGAUAAAUUAAUCGAGCAUAAUGUUAGUAUUUUUGUAAGACGUGCUGGACCAAAUUAUCAAGAAGGAUUACGUCGUAUGCGCGAGCUUAGUAAAACUCUUGGAGUACUCAUGCAUGUUUAUGGACCGGAAUUGCAUAUGACGGCAGUUUGUGGUAUGGCUUUGGGUACACGACAUAUUGAAAAAGAACAAACGGAUCAAGCGAAUGCUUCAUUUUUGUUACCAUCUACACAAGUUCCACCAUUUCAAACUAGACAAAAAAAUUUACCAGCAAAACAAACUGAACCCUCUCCAACCACUUCAUCAAAUCAACAUUCUGGAUUAACAAAUCCACCUGAAGAAACUGGACCACCAGUAACACCUGGAGGAACCGACAUUGUACUAAUUUGUGGUUCCAAAACAUCUGGUAGGACAUCUAAUUCCUCAUUAUUUUCGAAUACAACCAAAUCAAUUGUUCUAGGAAUUCAAGCACGAGCUGUACAAUCAAUGAUUGAUUUUGAUUAUAUUUGUCGUCGGGAUAGUCCAAGUGUGGUUGCUAUGUCGUCCCCGCUUACAAAUGAUCAUAAACAAAAAUUCUAUUGGGGUCACAAAGAAAUAUUAAUUCCUGUUUAUAGGAAAUUUGAGGAAGCUGUAAGUAAACAUAAUGAUGCUGAUGUAUUAGUAAACUUUUCCUCCUUGCGUAGCGCAUAUGAAAGUACCCUUGAAGCAUUAGAAUAUCCACAAAUUCGUACAAUUGCAAUAAUCGCUGAAGGAAUACCAGAAAAUCUAACACGUCAAUUAAUUGUAUACUCAAAAGCAAAAAAUGUGACAAUUAUUGGCCCCGCCACUGUUGGUGGACUUAAAGCGGGUUGCUUUAAAAUUGGCAACACUGGUGGUAUGAUGGACAAUAUACUUUAUUCACAAUUACAUCGUCCUGGUUCGGUUGCAUACGUUACUCGUUCGGGUGGUAUGAGUAAUGAGAUGAAUAACAUCAUAUCUCAUCACACCGAUGGGGUUUAUGAAGGUAUUGCUAUCGGUGGGGAUCGUUAUCCAGGAACAACCUUUUUGAAUCAUUUAAAACGAUUUGAGGAUGAUCCAGAAGUUAAGUUGUUAGUAAUGCUUGGAGAAGUUGGAGGUCGUGAAGAGUAUGACGUUUGCGCUGCAAUUAAGAGUGGAAGACUUACCAAACCCUUAGUUGCAUGGUGUAUUGGAACUUGCGCAACGGAAUUUGAGACUGACGUCCAAUUUGGGCAUGCUGGUUCAUCUGCGCACAAUGAAUCUGAAACUGCUCAAGCUAAAAAUAAAGCGUUACAGGAAUCUGGAGCUCGUGUACCCGAAUCAUUUGAUAGUUUAGGUGAUUUCAUUGGUGAAGUGUAUGAUGAAUUGGUGAAAGCUGGUAAAUUAGACCCAAAACCAUAUGUGAAACCACCUACAAUGCCCAUGGAUUACAGUUGGGCUAAAGAAUUGGGUUUAAUUCGUAAACCUACUGCAUUUAUGUCGAGUAUCUGCGAUGAUCGUGGCCAAGAAUUAAUAUACGCUAACAUGAAAAUCACAGAAGUUUUAUCGAAUAAUAUCGGAAUUGGUGGUGUUAUUUCAUUGUUAUGGUUCCAACGAACUUUACCACCAUAUGUCCUUAAAUUCUUUGAAAUGUGUUUAAUAGUCUGCGCAGAUCAUGGUCCAGCUGUAUCCGGUGCACAUAAUACAAUUGUAUGCGCUCGUGCCGGGAAAGAUUUAGUUUCUUCGUUGGUCUCGGGUUUAUUAACAAUUGGUGAUCGUUUUGGUGGAGCCUUGGAUGGUGCUGCGAAACAGUUUAGUGAAGCGUAUGAUGCUGGUUGGGAGCCAAUCGAUUUUGUGAAUCAAACACGUAAACAAGGACGAUUAAUUAUGGGUAUUGGACAUCGGAUUAAAUCUGUCAAUAAUCCUGAUAUGCGGGUGAAAAUUAUCAAAGAUUUUGUUAUGGAGAAUUUUCCCGCUAAGCCUUUGUUAGAGUAUGCGUUAGAAGUUGAGAAAAUUACCACGUCCAAGAAACCAAAUUUGAUUUUAAAUGUGGAUGGAGUUAUUGCAACGGCUUUUGUGGAUAUGUUACGCCAUUGUGGAGCAUUUACUAGCGAGGAAGCUCAAGAAUAUAUUGAUAUUGGUACAAUUAAUUCAUUGUUUGUUCUGGGACGAACCACUGGAUUUAUUGGGCAUUAUUUAGAUCAAAAGAGAUUGCGUCAAGGUCUUUACAGACAUCCAUGGGAUGAUAUAACAUAUCUUCUGCCUGAGAAAAAAUCGUAGCAUUUUUUUUAAAACUUUUAUAAAAA